AAACGUGAGAAUAGGAAGUGUCUAUCAGUUGUAGAGGGCUUAACAUGGGUAGCUUAGCACUAGCUGGUUGAUAAAAACCUAAGGCAGAAUAGUUUGCAUUUCUCGGGUGUCUUUUUUGUUCUGUAUCAGGUGGUUCCUGGCAAAGGUUCAUGAGACCAAGGAGUUGUGUCUUUCGGAAAUCUAUCACGGUCUGCAGGGUGUUCUGCGGGGCUGUGUAACACUAGCUUGGGAGCUAGCAGCUAAACGUUAAUUCAGCCUGUUACUACUUUAGAAGCAUUGAAAUGUGUUAGCUCGCUGGACAGCUUCUGUAACUAAAAUAUCCGGGGUUGUUUUGCAAGGAGAGUGCGGUUUCGUGUUGCUGAGCAUGAGUAUGAGUGUAUUAAUGCUGCGUGUCUUAGUGUGACUCUACUGUUACUGGAUGUUUAGUGAUAGAAACAGCAGCAGCUACAGCUAGCAGAGUGUUAGCUUGUCAACAAUGGGCUAUAAGAGGUUUUUAAAGUCGGCAGGAUCCUUUUAUUUGUUCACCAUCCUGCUGCUGGUUGUUAUCAAAGGAAUAACAGCUGAUCAAGAGCAGCAUGUGGAUGACGGACCAGAGCUAAAGUCUUACCAUGACCCAGAGUCGGAUGAAGAGGAUGUUCACGUAACAGGAGAUAUUGUGGCUGGUGCCUCUGUGACCUCUGGUCAUGAUGUGUCCCAACCAGAAGAAGAGAAACGGUCUCCUGAGGAUGGACUGGAGGGAGAGGAGAAGGAGGACCUGCCGGAGCAACCUCCUCCAGUUCUGGACAAACCUAAAGAGGUUCCCGUAGUGAAUGGGGGUACGGCCCAUGGAGAGCCCUGCAUCUUCCCUUUCCUCUUCCAGGGGAAGGAGUAUUCAGACUGUACCACAGACGGACGUGGAGAUGGACGGCUGUGGUGCGCCACCACUUACGACUACGAUCAUGAGAAGAAAUGGGGAUUCUGUGAGACGGAGGAGCAGGCACAGCAGAGACUGGAGGUGGAGGAGACGGAGGAGCAGUAUCAGUCUAUCCUGCGGAUGCUCAAUGCCACUACAAGGAAGACCCAGAAGAAAGAAUUAUAUGAAAAGCUGCAGAAAGUAGCAGAGAAAGGUCACCAGAAAGCCAUGGAGAAGGUGGGGUACGCCAUGCUGUUUGGAGACUACAUGACCCAGAACGUCACCAAGGCCAAAGAAAUGUUUGAGAAGCUCGCCGUGGAGGGUUCACCCAAAGCUCAGACGGCUCUCGGCUUUCUUUAUGCAGCAGGACUUGGUGUCAACUCAAGUCAGGCUAAGGCCUUGGUUUACUACACCUUUGGUGCCCUGGGGGGAAACAUGGUGGCUCACAUGGUUCUGGGAUACAGAUACUGGGGAGGUGUAGGUGUUCCCCAGAGCUGUGAGUCAGCGCUGACACACUACAGGCUUGUGGCAAAUCAAGUGGCCAGUGAUGUGUCCCUGACAGGGGGCUCAGCGGUGCAGAGGAUAAGGCUGCUGGAUGAGGUGGAAAACCCUGGAUCCACUAGUGGGAUGUUGGAGGAGGACUUGAUCCAGUACUAUCAGUUUCUAGCUGAGAAAGGGGACGUACAGGCGCAGGUGGGGUUGGGUCAGCUGUACCUGCAUGGAGGACGGGGAGUUGAACAGAAUUUUCAGAGGGCGUAUGACUACUUCACUCAGGCUGCAAACGCAGGAAACACACAUGCUAUGGCUUUCCUUGGCAAGAUGUACUCAGAGGGCAGCGAGUACCUCCCUCAGAACAACGAGACAGCGCUGCAGUACUUUAAGAAGGCCUCCGACUUGGGUAAUCCAGUGGGACAGAGCGGCAUGGGAAUGGCCUACCUGUAUGGAAGAGGGGUCCAAGUGAACUACGAGAUGGCACUGAAAUACUUCCAGAAGGCAGCAGAGCAGGGCUGGGUGGACGGACAACUCCAGCUGGGAACUAUGUAUUACAACGGCAUUGGCGUGAAGCGUGAUUACAAGCAGGCUCUUAAAUUCUUCAACCUGGCCUCGCAGGCUAGCCACAUCCUGGCUUUCUACAACUUGGCCCAGAUGCAUGCCACGGGUACCGGAGUGAUGCGGUCCUGCCAUACUGCUGUGGAGCUUUUUAAGAAUGUGUGUGAGCGUGGCCGGUGGUCAGAGCGUCUCAUGAUGGCCUACGGCAGCUUUAAGGAGGGGGACACUGAUGCUGCACUGGUCCAGUAUCUGCUGCUGGCUGAGCAGGGCUACGAGGUGGCCCAGAGCAACGUGGCCUUCGUUCUGGACCAGAAAGGAGCGAAGAUCUUCAGUGAGAAUGAGACGUACCCGCGUGCUCUGCUACACUGGACAAGAGCUGCAGCACAAGGUUACACUGUGGCCAGGAUCAAACUCGGGGACUACCACUUCUACGGCUAUGGGACAGACGUGGACUACGAGACAGCUGUCAUCCACUACAGACUGGCGUCAGAGCAGCAGCACAGCGCUCAGGCCAUGUUCAACCUGGGUUACAUGCAUGAGAAAGGCCUGGGCAUCAAACAGGACAUCCAUCUAGCCAAGCGUUUCUACGACAUGGCUGCUGAAGCCAGCCCUGAUGCCCAGGUCCCAGUUUUUCUGGCCCUGUGCAAGCUGGGUUUGAUUUACACUCUGCAGUACCUGAAGGAUCUUAAUUUGAAGGAGCUCGUUUCUCAGGUGGACCUGGACCAGCUCCUGGGCCCAGAGUGGGACCUCUACCUCAUGACUGUCAUCGCCCUGCUGCUGGGUACAGUAAUCGCCUACAGACAGCGCCAGCACCAAAUCAUAGUUCCCCCUCGCCCACCGGCUCCCGCGCCUCAACCCUCCCCGGCCCCACCUCCUAGACCGCCUCAGGAACAGACACAAGCCCCGGCUGAGCCCCAGGGCCAGGAAGAAACACAACCCCAGGGCCCGGCGCCUGAGGAGGAGCAGCAGCAGCAGCAGUGAGAGGGAGAGGAACGUAGUGAGAGCAGUGAAAGACAGACGCUGGUGCCAGUUCUUCCACCUUCCCCGCUCCCCUCCACAGGCUUAAAGACAAACUGAGGUGGCUUCUGAACUGUGCAGUCUGACAACUCCUGUUCUCCAAUUCAGAUUAGCUGAAGACAGACAGCGAGGGGGUAUUCGUGGACAAUGUUACCGAACAGGGUGAAGAGAGGGAAACACAGACAUUGGACUUGGUAAUCUGUGACUCAGGAUACUGCCAGAAUCUCCCCUGUCCCCAUCAACAUGGAAACUGUCUCGCAGCUGCCAGAUUUAAGGCUUUUUGGACUUUACUAAUCAAAAAAGUCGACGUGUGUGGAAUCUGAUAUGUGCGUUAGUUAUUCCUCACGCUCCUUUCUUUGUGAAAAUCACAUCCAGUCGAGCUGCUUCAGUCCUAAUCUUGAGCAGUAUUUCAAAAAAUACUACAGGCAAGAGAAAAAUAAUAAUUUUAAUAGUUUAAUUUGCUAAAGAAACUCAUGUUUCUGCAUGUUUUUCUCAUUAUUUUGCAGACUUUAAUUUAGGCACCUUUGUUUCAGACACUUUAUGACUCAGCAAGUUGUGCAAAGUUUUUACAUUUAUUAGAGAUUUGGUUAAGAUGACAUAUCAGGUCUAUUCCUCUGCAGCUCAAAUAGAGGCACUUUUUGUUAGUAACUGCUAAACCAUUCAAAGCCAUGCUGUGUCACUGGUUUAACAACAAGAAACCGGUUUGAUUUUUUGUUGUUGUUGGGUGGGUUGUAUUUGUUUGAAAAGGCUGGAGGGAUAAUUCAAUUUUAAGCAAAUGAGGAGGUUUGCCAAGCAUCCAGCGUUGGAGAUAAAAAGCCGCUCGAGUCAAACGUAAUCUGUGGCUGGAAUCUAAUGCAGAGCCUGUUUGAAAAUUCAUCCUGACAUUCUGUUCGGUCUCCAAGCAGGGGGAGAGCAGAGUGCUGCGAUUUCAAGAACAAUAGUGAGUCCAGUCACAGAUCUGUUUAUUCAAGUCGGAGAGUACAUCUGUGUGGUAUUUUUUUUCCCAACAACAGCCAUUUCUUGUUUUUCAUUCUUGUGCUUGCGUUUGGUUCGUCUCAUCCCACAAAGCCUGCUUUUUUAAUCCUUGUGUUAGCUGAGGCAGAACUGGAGCAGCCUUAAAUAUAACAGGAUCUCAAACUCUGGAUUGUUUCUACAUAAGAGGAAGUGAAUCCUUUUAUUUCGUGAGCGUGUGUGUGUGUGUUUUUGGUUACACAACUUGUGAGAAGUUCCACCCCCUCACCAAAAGUCCAAGUUGGAGCUGUGUGCUCUGCCUACACUCUGCAGCUCAGAUAGGCCUGAAUCUAUAAAAACUAGGUCUUGUUUAGACCAGACGGUAUUUAUCAAAACAAGACAAGUAACUUCUGAUUUUGCCACAUGGAGACCAUUUGUUUGAUUCCACAAUAUGUGCUUGUUGUUAGAAUUAUUAAGAAGUCAUCUGCCAAUACAUCUGCAUGAAGUCAAAGAGGAUGGUAUAAAAUGUUGUCUGUAGGAGGAAAAAGAAGAAGUAGUUUCCCGCUGUCACACGUUAAAACCAACACAAUUUGUCUAAAGUGAAACACUGGUAAAGAUUGUCGAGCUGACUGCAUUUUUACCAUCGCAGAUACAAGUUUAUAAAGAAAUAAUAAAUGAUAUAUGGAUAUUUAA